AUGAGCGCCGCCGCCGCCGUUCGCCCUCCCGUCGCAGGAAGCCCCCUCCCUCCAACCCUUUCCUGGAUGAGCGCCGCCGCCGCCGCCGCCAUUCUCCCUCGGUCACAGUUGGCAGCAACAAUCACCAGACGCGCGAUUCCUCGAUCCUUCUUCCUCCUCCUUCCUCGAUCGCGGUUCCUGCUCGGCGCGACGGUUCCAUCUUACUCCUCCGAAAACCAUAGACCGGCAGACGAUUGA